UACCAGGGUCCUCGCCCGCUGGUCCUCCAGGCGCCACCUUUUUUGCGACCGGCGUUGUGUUGCCGGACGCGACGAGCAGGAUUGACAGUGAAUCCCACGUACACGCGGCCCCGAUGCCGAGGGUUCUGGCAGUAGAGCAGGAAAAAGCACUCGAGGGUGAUCGUCCAGCGCGCUGGAAACCCGGCAGCGCCGCUUGGUGCGCCGCCUGCUGGCAGGAGGAGGAUGUGCAAACGCGGUCGCAGCGCCCGCGGCCCCCCAGCCCGGCUCCGAUUGGCUAACAGCUGGGGCGGAGCCUCCCAAGCGUUGCGACUUCACCUGUGCUAGGAGACGGAAGUGCUGCUUUCCAGACCGCCUCAGGGAGGGCGGAAGUGAGCGGCGUGGGAGGAAGUGGCUUCAGUGAGGGCGGAAGGCGGGGCUCUGGGCACGCCUGCCUGUUCCCCCGCCGGGCUGUGGCUAUGGAACUCAGCGCGGAGUACCUCCGCGAGAAGCUGCGGCGGGACCUGGAGGCAGAGCAUGUGGAGGUGGAGGACACGACUCUCAACCGUUGCGCGACCAGCUUCCGAGUCCUGGUGGUGUCCGCUAAGUUCGUGGGAAAGCCAUUGCUCCAGAGACAUCGGCUGGUGAAUGAAUGCCUAGCUGAAGAGCUCCCGCACAUCCAUGCCUUUGAGCAGAAAACUCUGACCCCAGAGCAGUGGACCCGAGAGCGGCUGAAAUGAGGGACCCGGGCCUGAACAGCCAUUAAACUGUAAAUCAGG